GCCCUCCCUCAGUCGCGUUCAUUUCAUACCAACUCUCAUUCCACGCGUUCCUCACUCACUCCUUUCAAACUCCAGGGAAAAUAAAAACCCUCGCUUUUCCGAUCAAACUCCGGCCCGAACGCUGCCUCCCCCCGCCGCCGCGCAGUCUCGCCGUCCUGCUCGCCGCUCCGCGCUCUUCAGCAGAUCAAGCCCAGGUUAUGACAGCCUGUAACAGGACCACCAGGUCAGCAAGCAGAGACACCCGCACUCCACAGGCACGCUACUCACGCUCAAUGCACUGUUUCCGAGCCUACUGGUACAACUUCGUCUAUAAACCACCUACCAGCGCACGAGGGGACAAGCCACGACACCCAUACAUUUGGGAACACUACAGCAAGGCUUAGGGGAAACACCCGAAGCCCAGCGGCUACUACUCUCUACAGAUCCAGGCACCCCCAUCACGCAGGAAAAACUAAGCACAUCGCCUGCCAAAUACUCUUUCAGCCCAGUGCAGCUCAACAGCCUCUUCUAAGCUCCUCCACAUCCCCGCCGGCGACGGUCUCUCCGCCCCAAGGGACGACGCGCACUUUAAUCCGCCCCUACCACGGGCGGACGCUUUGCGGCAGCCCGGCCGCCUCUCUAGAAACUUCUCGGCCCCUCCCUCUCCCCCUCCCCUUCCUCCUCCUCACUGACCCCGGAUCGCGCUGCAGUAGAGGUAGGAGAGAAAGUGUGCGUGGUGCUUGUUCUCUCGCUGUUUGGAGCCGGGGGUCCAGCGAGGCAUCAGCCCAGCGCGGCGGCCGGUGCCGACUCCACUGGGCAGCCCUUUCCUAGCGCAGCAGUGGCAGCGACAGACGGAAUGACGGCGGAGGAGAUGAAAGCGGACGGGGCUCCCUUGGAGGGGGUGGACAUCACCCCUAAGCGGGAUGAAGGCGUUUUGAAGGUUGUCAAGAGGGAAGGCACUGGUACUGAGUCUCCGAUGAUAGGUGAUAAAGUGACUGUCCAUUAUACAGGAUGGCUUCUUGAUGGCACAAAAUUUGACUCCAGUCUGGACAGGAGAGACAAGUUUUCGUUUGACCUGGGGAAAGGUGAGGUGAUCAAAGCAUGGGACAUUGCUGUUGCAACUAUGAAGGUUGGUGAAAUCUGUCAGAUUACGUGUAAACCAGAAUAUGCCUAUGGCUUGGCUGGCAGCCCACCGAAGAUACCUCCCAAUGCUACGCUGAUUUUUGAGAUAGAGCUGUUUGAGUUUAAGGGAGAAGACCUCACUGAGGAUGAAGAUGGUGGCAUCAUCCGAAGAAUCCGUAAGAAAGGCGAAGGCUACUCGAAGCCCAAUGAGGGUGCUCUGGUAGAAAUCCAGUUUGAAGGCCGAUACAAAGAUCGUGCUUUUGAUAGGCGUGAGCUGCGGUUUGAGAUUGGUGAAGGUGAUAACUAUGAUCUUCCUCAUGGUCUGGAAAAAGCAAUCCAGAAAAUGGAGAAAUCUGAGGAAUCCAUUUUCUAUCUCAAACCCAACUACGGUUUUGGAAGUACUGGAAAGGAGAAAUUUCAGAUCCCUCCGGAUGCAGAACUACAAUAUGAAGUGAAACUCAAAGGCUUUGAGAAGGCUAAGGAGUCUUGGGAAAUGAAUACAGAAGAGAAAUUGGAACAAAGCUGCAUGGUGAAGGAGAGAGGCACUCAGUACUUCAAGGAAGGGAAAUACAAACGAGCAGCAUUACAGUACAAGAAGAUUGUAUCGUGGCUGGAGCAUGAAUCAGGGCUCUCUGAUGAGGAAGAUGCAAAAGCCAAGAGCUUGAGGCUUGCUGCUCACCUUAAUCUAGCUAUGUGCCAUCUCAAGUUGAAGGAGUACUCUCAGGCUUUGGAGAACUGCAACAAGGCACUUGAACUGGAUAGCAGCAAUGAAAAAGGCCUCUUCCGGCGUGGAGAAGCCCACUUGGCUGUCAAUGACUUUGAAUUGGCCCGAGGAGAUUUUCAGAAGGUGAUACAACUCUAUCCAAGUAACAAAGCUGCUAAAGUGCAACUAGUAACUUGUCAGCAAAAAAUACGGGAGCAGCAUGAGAAAGAGAAGAAGAUGUAUGCCAAUAUGUUCCAAAGGCUUGCAGACAAAGACUUAAAGCCAGCUACUACUCUUCAGACCAGCCACGCUGAAGAUGCAGAAAUGAAAGAUGAGCAGAAUGGAGUUGAAGAUAAAUAAGUUGACACAGAAGCAUAAAGAAACCAGAUUCCAUUAGUUUUGUAAAUGAAAGAAUUUCCAGUGAAUUAGACCUUUAUUUUUCUACCUGGUUGGACAGUGGCUUCAGAGGAGCAGAGGCUGAGCCGCCAUGCCACAGUCAAGAACAGCUCUGUAUGUCUGUGAAAUAAGCUGAGUGGCAGCACAAAUCUGAUUUAAUCUAGGGACUUUAUUUAUUCAUACAGCUUCUGUUACUGUUUGGGUUCUGUCUGGAUUUACUCUGCUUGGUUUAUCUGCAUUUUGCCAUUAGUGUUUGUGUCUCUCUUGUUCCAGCUCACUUAAAUAUAGGAAACAAUCUGGGAUUAAUUUCCUUGAUUUCAUUUUUUUCUGUUUUUUUUUUUUUUUUUUUUUUUUAAGCAGUUGGCCUUUUUCAACAGUCCUCAUGUGAGAUUUGAGAACAAAUCAGUGCUCAAUGUUCUACUGCCUUGGCAUUGUCCCCUUUCCCUUCCUCCAUUAAGUGUUGUAACCUUUAUAUGCUUCCUUUUUGCGUAUUGCUGAAAGUGAAGACUGUGAAGUCACAGCUUAAGUAAUAAAGCUCCAAUUAAGCUCAAGGAAAUUGAACUUUUUGUAUUUUUUAUUGGCAUUUGCUAAGAAUUAUGAGUCUGUCUUCUUGUCAUUCAGUGUUUUCUUAUCCACAUAGUGUUACUGUAACCACAAUAUCUACGUUUUUUUCUGGUAAUGUUGAUUCAUUGCCAUUUAAAAAAGUGUACGCAAUUGAUCGAUCUAUUUGCAAAUGAAGAAAAUGUUGCUUAAAAUUGUACACAAGUCUGUAACCUGUAUAUUAUUAUCUGUUAGUAUUUCUCUUUCCCCUUCGUGUUGUGAAACUGGACCAGAAGAGUACUGAUUGAUACCUGAAAGUGACUGGCUUUGAAGAUAAAAUAAGUGCUAAUAGUAAAAUAUCUUGAAAGUGCUUAUAAUUCCUAAUGACAUGCAAAUGUCUGAAUGAUUUCAGUCUUUAUUAUCCUUACCUCACAAGAAAACUACUUAAUAUUCUCCUACUUCUUUUCUGUGGUGUUUCUUGUGUUGGCUUGGAGAAUGCUGUGUGUAGAGGGGAAGUGUUGUGCUUGUAUUUCUCUCUAUAGGUAUGAGGUAGAAUAUUCAGACUUAUCCAUGCUCUUCAUGCUGUUCUGUGGUGUUAAACUCAGCAUCUCAACUGUCCUUUCCUGAAACUUUCUAGCAGCAGGAACAAAUUUAUUGCUUUUCAAAAGGAACAUAGUUUUAUCUGUUUCAGAGGAGAGAGAGGUUGGGCCAGGGAGCUGUAUGUCUAAACUGUCACCAAAGUGGUAAGUCCUGCAUGACAUGCUUUCCUUACCCCAGGCCCAAGAUGGUUAAGUCCAGCCAAUUGCUGGGUUGGAGGUAGCUUAUGGAUCUGUGAACUGCGCUGCUUUCUGCGAGAUUAGCAGUACCCUAAGGGCCUUCAGGUUGGGAAGGGGUAGAGGAAAAGGCAAUAUAGUCUCUGUUAGGUUAUUACAGGAAAGAAAAUGCUGUAACUUUGAAGGACCAGUUUCAUUUGCUUAAACAUCAACAGUUAGUGCAGGUGCUUUUCAUAAGUUUUGGUUAAGUAUUAUCAGCCCUAUAUGUUUGAAAGCUGUUUUACAUUGUACUUGAGCACAAAUAACUCUAAAUGGAACAUUUAAUAUGGCUCAAGUGAGGAAAAUCCUACUGGUGGAACACUAAUAGUUGUCCAUUUAGCUUGGUCUGGGCUGCAUUGAGCAAACAGGAAUUGCCAUGGGUUGCAUACUAAUUAUAUGAAUUCAGUGUAUUUAACAACUAUUUUUGAAUGCAUUUUUAUUAAAACAUAAAAAAAGACGACAAAAGCAUAAGGCUACUGGGAUAUUCGACCUUGUUUUUGUGAAACUAAUGCACUAAUCAGGCUGGUUCAUUGGGCCUAGUGAGUUUUCCAAGUGUUCAUCAGAGAUUUUUGAUGAAAUACUACUCUUCCUGUAUUUCAUCCUUGACAAUAAAUGUAUGUACUGCCACAAAUGAUGAAUAAGGUAUAAUUGUGAAGCAAAGGAUUUCUUUGGUAAGUGAGGGCUUACGACAGUUUAGUAAAGAGACUAAAUUUUUUUUUUUUAGUUGAAUGCCUGAUUACAACUAUACAUUCCUUGUGAAAAUUUACAAGUACUGUGUUUGUCAGCUGAAAAUGGAGUUGCAAAUGUACGAAAAAGUGAUUUUUUUUUUUUCUUUUUUCAAGUCAUGAAACCUAUUCUCAGAUUCCUUUAUUAAAACAACACUUUUGCUGUUCACAGGACUGUGCUUAGCGUAUAAAAAUGCAUGAGAUUAUUUGCCAUAAUUUGAGUGUGCCAUAAUUUGAUUUCCAUCACUGUCAUUGUCUGAAAUACAGCACGGGUACGGUGAUUUUCACCUUGAAGAUGCAUGAUUUAAUGGAUCAGAUAGAAAAUUACGUACUGUAUAUUUGCUUUGAUUGGAAGCAGAGGUGUGCAUUCCCUUUUAAUUCAUUUGAAUAUGAAAUAAAGCUAUCAGUUAAUA